UAUUGCCAAUUUGCCAAUUGGUCCUUCUUCUUCUUCUUUCUUCCUCAUCGGAAGAUUCAUAUCAGUAGAGAAGUACACCCAAAGCUUGAAACUCGGCAGCUGUCAUUUCGGAAACCGAGUCAUAAAAGCGAGUCGACCCGUCCGAUUUGUAACCGAGUCAGUAAGCGCGGGAAGCAAUGAUGCUGGAUUUGGGUCCGUUCUCGGACCGGAACUUCGACCCGAGGAAGUGGGUGAACUCGGCGUGUCAGACCCGGCACACGCAGGAUUCGGUGGACAAGCACACGGUGGAUCUCGAGAUGAAGCUCCAGAUGGUCUAGGAGGAGAUCGCAGCUUCGCUCGAGGAGCAGAGCGCCUCCGCCCUCCUCCGCGUCCCGCGUGCCACACGUGAUGUCGUCCGCAUCCGCGACGACGCCGUAUCCUCCAUUCUCGACAAGUUCAAGAAGGCAGAGGGAUCCUCAGCUGAAUCCAUGGCGGCGCUUGCAAAAGUCGAUAUUGUGAAGCAGAGAAUGGAAGCUGCAUACGAGACAUUGCAGGAUGCUGCUGGGUUAACUCAGCUGAGUGCGACGGUGGAGGAUGUUUUUGCAAGCGGUGAUCUGCCUCUUGCGGCUGAAACUUUAGCCAACAUGAGGCAUUGCUUGUCUGCUGUUGGGGAGGUUGCUGAAUUUGCUAAUCUGAGGAAGCAACUUGAGGUCUUAGAGGAUAGGCUUGAUUCAAUGGUGCAACCACGGCUAACUGAUGCAAUAUCCAAUCGCAAGGUCACAUUUUCAACUUUUUUCUUGAUCAAUUGCUCCCUUUCUAUUAGAUUCCGACGACACUUUUUGGUGACAUUAGAUAUUCUUUCUGGUGACAUGCCAAAGGGUAUCAAGAUCCAGACGAAGCAUCUGGAGGCUUUGAUUGAGUUACAUAGUAUGACCCAGACCUUUGCAAGGAACAUUUAGCAUUUGUUUUCGGAAUCUGAUCUACGUGUUUUAAUGGAUACGCUAAAGGCAGUCUAUCUUCCAUAUGAAUCAUUUAAACAAGGGUAUGGACAUAUGGAGCGUGCUAUACUUUCUGCCGAGAUUGCUGGAGUGGAUCUAAGAGGAGCUGUUACUCGUGGUGUGGGAGCUCAAGGAAUUGAGCUUAGUGAAGCAGUUCGCAGAAUGGAGGAAUUGAUUCCCCAAGUUAUUGUACUUCUUGAAGCAGCUGUUGAAAGAUGCAUCAGCUUCACUGGAGGUUCUGAGGCAGAUGAGUUAAUUGUAGCAAUUGAUGACAUAAUGCUACAGUAUAUUUCUACCUUGCAAGAAACCUUGAAAUCGUUAAGAGUUGUCUGUGGAGUGGAUCAUGGUGGUGACACUGUUGGUUCAAAGAAGGAGAUUGGGUUGGAUAAGGACAUCCAAAGCGCGCGAAAGGUUGAUUCGAUUUCAAAUGAGGAGUGGUCCAUCGUGCAAGGUGCUUUACAAAUUCUCACGGUUGCAGAUUGUCUAACUAGCAGGUCCUCUGUGUUUGAAGCUUCCUUGAGAGCUACUCUUGCGAGAUUGAGCACUACGCUCUCAGUUUCCGUGUUUGGUUCAAGUGUGGACCAAAACCCAUCUCAUCUCGCUAGUGAUGAUGGAAAUGGUUUCCCAUCUUUGGGUGGAAGGGCUGCCCUGGAUGUGGCGGCUGUGUGGCUCAUAGAUGUUCCUGAGAAGGCUCGAAAACUCUUUAACCUUUUAAGUCAGUCUAAAGAUCCUCGGUUUCAUGCACUUCCCCUCGCAUCUCAGAGAGUUGCAGCAUUUGCUGACACAGUUAAUGAACUUGUAUACGAUGUUCUCAUCUCUAAAGUACGGCAAUGCUUCAGCGAUGUUUCUCGAUUACCAAUAUGGUCCUCGGUCGAAGAACAAAGUGCCUAUAAUCUCCCAACCUUCAGCGCAUAUCCUCAGGCCUAUGUGACUAGCAUCGGUGAAUAUAUUCUUACUUUACCUCAGCAGUUAGAGCCACUUACGGAGGGCGUUUCAAACAGCGACACCAACAAUGACGAAGCCCAGAUUUUUGCAACAGAAUGGAUGUUCAAGGUUGCGGAGGGGCCACCGCUCUUUACACGGAGCAACUGCGAGGGAUUCAGUAUAUCACGGAUCGUGCAGCGCAGCAGCUAUCUGUUGACAUAGAGUAUCUGAGUAAUGUGCUAUCUGCCUUAUCAAUGCCAAUUCCGCCCGUCCUUGCGACAUUCCACACCUGUCUUUCUACCUCAAGAGAUCAGCUCAAGGACCUUGUGAAGUCGGACGCAGGAAAUCUCGACCUUCCAACCGCAAACCUUGUAUGUAAGAUGCGGCGUUUGAGUCUUUUAAAAGAUGUGCAACACAUUCUUGAAUGGUUUUUCUUUAUCCAAAAUGAUCCUGAGAUUUGCAUAACUCCUCACUUUGAUCCUUGAGAUUUGAAAUCAAUAAAAUUGGUCUCUCAGUUUAUCCACCAUCAA